AAGAAUAGCUGGCCUUGUUCGUGAAGUUGUUAUAAGAUUAAGAAGUUUGUCACGCCGAAGUCGCGUAGAUGACAUCACAGGCCGAGCGACAAGUGGGGUCAAAAUCUUAGCACACUUUUCGAUGUUGCACUCGGAACUGGUCAAACCGCAGUGUGAAUUGUUUCGCCCGUUCUGGCUUUCCGUCAUGUGAGGAUCAAACAAGAUGCUUAACAUUCUAUCCACUGAAAUAGGUAUUAGAUCGGAGCGACAGAUAGGAAGGUUUAGCCAUUGAACGCGAGAUUUUUCGGGUGACAGAAGAAAAAUUCGCUCGCGCCCAGGAAAUUUGACCGCUACUUCUUGUUCUCAAGUUUUAGUAAGGAUGGAUAAUUCGUCAAGAACUAACGGACCGCAAGUGUGUUCUACAGAAGUCGGGGAAAAUGAGAUUGACUACAAACAAAGAUGUAAAUAUCUGGAAAACCAACUGGAAAAAUUUCGCGAGCAGGCGACGAAAGUUCGCGAAGUCAUUGGGCAAAAGUUAAAAGGUAUGGAAGAACAGGCAGCAACUGCUUAUGCAAAAGCGUCGGAAUCUGCCCAAGAGGUCCAGCAUUUGGAGACAUUGGUUUCGGCAAAAGAAGAAACAGUUGCACAGCUACAAGUAGAACUGGAAAAUGAGAAACAAAAGCGGCUCAUCCGUGAAAGAGAAGUGGAAGAAAAAGCUGCUCGUAUAAAGAGCUGGAUGCAUAAGAAGAUUUCAGAGUAUGAGGAAAAAUUAGGAGAACUGAAUAAAGAGAAUGAACAUUUAAAGACGUCCCACAAGCAAGCCAUGGAUAUGGUCAAGGAAAUUGAGGAAAAGCUCAGAUUUUCCCAAGAUCAAGUGAUGAGAUUAUCCCACGAACUUGCAGACAUCCAGUCACAGUCUGGUGAUUAUUAUGAGCUAGAACCUGAUGCCAAUCAAGAAGAAUCUGGUUUUCGAUCAUUUCUAACUGAGGAUACUGUUGGGAAUCAGUCGCCAGUAACUUCAAUAAGCUCACAAUGUACCACACCGACACCUAUGUCACCAGAUGAACUUGUAAAAACACCAACUAAUGAUGAUAAUGAUGAUACUAGCACUUUCAUAUCGGAUCAAUCUGCUGAAAUUAAAAUUAAGAGAACUUCAAGCGGAAAAUCUCCAUCGAAAAUUCCUCGAUUUAUUGGGACUUCAGAGGAUCAAAGAGCUGCUCAGAUAUCAUAUUAUAUGUCACUCAAAAGAGGAAUGAGGAGUCCAGGAGGUUCUCAAGCAAAAUUCUUUAUACAAAUACAAGACUCACAUAAUCCCUACAUGCAAUUAACUCCAUUAGAGAGAAUGUCACAGAGGAAACAAUUUGAUAGUCAGUCAACAAUUGAUUCAGAAAUAGACGACAGUGUCUUUGAAACUUAUCUACAACCUGUUGAACCUGGUAAUCAUGGAGAAGAAUUUCAUGCAAGGCUUGGUGAAUUAGUGACUCUACAAUUGGAGAGUGGAAGUUUAACUCCAAGUGUUGCACAAAAUGAACAAGAUUCUUUGUCAGGAAGUAGGUCAUCUGUUGGUUCCCUCACAGAGGAUGCCACCUCUGCUGAUCCAAUUUAUCAAACUCUUGAACCAGAGCUAGACUCUGUGAGAACUAACACAGAUUCAGCUGUGACUAGAAAACCCUCAGUAAAUAAUGGUUUUCCUCUGUCUCCCCUUCCCCCACCUGUUCCUCCACGCUUUGAAUUAGAAAGUGUUGUUCCUCCUCCUGUUCCACCUGUGCCAAGAACAAACAAAGAAGAACAACUGCAAGAUGUGACUAGAUUGGAGGGAAAGUUUACCAGUUACUUAUCAGAAACAGACCUACAAAAUGGUAAUGCUCCUGAGGGUAAUAAAGUGGAUGUUCCUGCAGCUUUGUUACAAUCAAACAGAACUGAUUCUUGGAUGUGGAAUGAUAACUCAGCUGGUUCAGAUACACCACCAUUUGGGACACUGGAGACGCGAAGUAAAAACCUCAACAUGUUAGCGGAACAAAGCUGUCCUGUGUAUACAACACUGAAAGGGAGAGCUUCUCAGAUUCGAAACACACCUUUUUCUGGAGAAUCAACCGACUCCUCUGACAAUGAAAGCUCUGCAGGAGACUACUGCACUCCACCAGAUGAAGUGGCAGCAACAGAAGAACACCUCAACAUGAAACAGAACACAGAUGAGCUUCUUGAAGAAACUACACGUGUUUUGAAAACCUGUGCCACUUACACAACUGUCAGCUUGAAAAAGGAAAAUCAAGGAAAGGCAGGAUACCUUACUAAACUGGGAGGCCGUGUGAAGAACUGGAAGAAAAGAUGGUUUGUCCUUGAUGAUGGAAAUCUUUACUACUACAAAACAGAGAAUGAUGUCAACAGGAAACCUUUGGGUAAAAUUCCAUUGGAUGGAAGCUGCAGAAUUGCACGGACUGAUGGUGCCCUGACAAUUGAGGUUGCCACACCUAAAAGGACUUUUUACUUGACUGGAGAGACAACAGAGGUUGUGGACAGCUGGCUCAGAGUUCUUCAUAAUGUUAUGAGGAAGUUUUCAAGUACUCCAUUGUUUGCCCAAGUGAAGGAAAAAGAAAUAAUGAAAGGAUGGAUCACAAAGGUGAAGCAUGGCUCUUCGAAAAAAUGUUGGAGUGUUCUUCGUGGUCAAUAUCUUUGUUACUAUAAGAGUGAAGAUGACGCUGUGCCUUUUAGCAUGACCCACAUGAUUGAUGUGGUGGUUGAAGAGUUGGAAUCACCCGACUCAGAGAACGGGAGCGUAGGCGAUGCAGUACCGUAUCGUCACUUCACAUUGGUGAUGAAGUCUCUUAAACAACCUUCCACCACAUUCCUGUUGAUUGAUUCGAUUGAAGAAAAGGAUUCAUGGCUGUUCCAUCUAAAAGUGGCAUCUGGUAGUGGUAUUGAUGACAUGGGAACGGAAUUUGAAAAAAGCAUAUACCAGCUCAUUGUUGAGGAUUGUGAUCCAGAAAGUGAGAUAUGGAAUAGCUAUGUGUUGACGCACAGUAAAGAGCCAAUCAUUGAACCACUCACAACUCUGCCAUCCAAGGAGUUAGGAGCUGAAGCUUUGAAACUCUUUAAGAGUUUUUCAAAACUUUCUUUCCUUCAGCACUUCUUGGAACAUUGUGGCAAGUCUUCAUGGCUCAGGGAGGAGUCAUUUGACAUCGCCUCACAAGCAACCAUCGACUUGCGUCCGGUGCAAGAGUUUGUUUACAUUCAAGCGUGGCAACUCUUAUCGCUAUGCACAGCUCUUUUUGUCCCUAAACAGAAGUUCCUUCUCUUCCUCAAGGGACAUUUGAAUCGGACGUCCACUUUUAAAACAAAACUUGGAAAAUACGCAACUUACUGUAUUCGGAGCUUAGAGAGAAGUUUGCGAAAUGGGAAACGAGAAGCCAGACCGUCGAGACUGGAGGUUCUCUCAAUCUUGCUGCGGAAACCUUAUGAUCACUCAUGUCUGAUGAGCAUUCCAGUGCACUUUAUCGAUGGAUCUAGUCAAGUAUUUGGUUUUGAUGGUUCCACUACCAUUCAAGAGUUUUCGGAGACAAUUAACAGAAUGGUCGGUAUUCGCUCGUCCUCGGAAAGUGGAUAUGCACUCUUCACGGAUAAUCCUUUUAACUUAGUAGAACAUUGUUUACAAGCCAAAGUCAAGCUGUGUGACGUGAUUUCGAAAUGGGAACAAGCGUUACGAAGUCAAAGCCAAGGGAAACUGGACACUAAUAGGAUGAUCAAACUCACCUACAAGAACAGGUUACAUUUCAAGAGCCUCAGCAGCGGAGAAACAGACAAAGAAAAGUACUUCCUUGUACUCCAGACAAAUGAUAGUAUUGUUAAGGGCCGAUUUCCUGUCAGCAAGGAGAUGGCUUUGGAAUUUGCAGCGCUUAUGGCCCAGAUCUCUUAUGGUGACUAUAGAGCACAGAGCAAUUCACUGCCGAGCAAGAGAAUCGAGAUUGUUAUCACCAAGUUUUGUGUUAAAACGCUGCGGGAAGACACAGGAAAAAGGGCACUCACACUGCGCAUGGCCGAAAAAUGGUCGACGCUGCACGGUUGGAGCGUGAAAGAGUGCGUGGACAAAUAUCUCGAGAAUGCAAGGCGAUGGCCGUUUUUCGGAUGCAGGCUCUUCCAAGCACAGCAAAAAAAUACGGUUUCCGCUGCAAAAAAACGCGCUGCGCCUGUAGACAAUACCCAGCCAGUGUGGCUGGCAGUGGAAGAGGACAGUAUUAAUCUUCUGGAAGGAAACAGCUUGCGCUUGAUGUGCCGCUAUAGAUACAAGCACGUAGUAACAUUUGGUGGGUGGAAAGAAGACUUCAUGUUAGUUGUGAACCAGUCUAUCAUGCGUGGCGGAAACACAGUUGAGCAGGGCACCCAGAGGUUGCUGUUUGUCAUGCCUAGAGCAAAGAUUUUGGAAAUCACCUUGCUUAUGGCGAGUUACAUCAAUGCCAUAGUCAUACAAAAAGGUAUCACAUGUGAUGCCCCAAGUAGAGCAUCUGCCACUGGACAGGCAGUGGACGUCAAAGUCUGGGACCUAGAGAGUGCCGAGUGGCCAAUGGUUCCAGGCUCCACCGUUGGACUAUUAUGAUGUCACUAUCCAUAACACUCGUGUAGUUUUUGUUUAGUAAGUGUAUAUAUCAGAUGUUGGCUUGUAAAUACUCUUUAAUUUUGAUUGCGUAUAUGUGCCGAAAACAGAAAAGUUGACUAAAAUAGUACUUUAAAAUAAUAACAAUAAUAGUAAUAAUAAUAAUAAUAAUGGUUUAUUAGCAUAUCCAUCGGAGGGAUGGCUCUUCCAUGCUAUAAACUAACUACAAACUCACUAAAAACUCGCUACAAAAUUCAAUCUCCUUCGUAAACUAAAAAGAGUAAGAGGUGAAACUUACAUUGUAAAUCGUCGAUUCGUGUUAAUAACCCCCUGUGGCUUUUGUGACUAGUGGUGUUGAACAGAUUCACUAGGGCGGAUUGUUCGUCAAUGUAACAGUGUUCACUCCAUAAUAAAAGUUUUUACUUUUCUUCCGUCGUUGAUGCGUCGGUUUAGUUAGUUAUACAUUUCGUAGAUAAAUUAAAAAGGAAAAAAGAUAAAGUUUACUUGUCCUGUACGGACCGUAGGAAUGUUUAUAAUUGUUGGAGCCAAGCUCAGUGUAUAUAUUCGUCAAACGUGUUGAUGUUAACAGUUAUUCCAUGAGCAGGCGGUGGAUAUGAGAUGGUGGAUGUUAAAAUGUGUGCCUUGUUGGCCCCAACUGUCUUUUAUUCAACGACUGGAAAUGAAAUAACUGAAAUAACUAAAAAAGGCAAAAGAGGUAUCUCAAAAUCUUGUAUCUCGAAAGGGGCCCAUGGUAUAUUAGCUCAGAUACCAUGCUAUGUUAACCAAUUAAAACUCAGGAAUUGAAAUAUUCCAUGGCUGUAACUCAUUUGAAUUGUUGUCAUCAAAUGGCAAGGCCAAGUAACAGAAUAUGCUUAUUUCUUUGAAGUUUUGUUUUUAGGUGUUUGUUUUCGUUCAUUUAAAAGGAAGCUACCAACAAACUGAUGUACAAUUCUUUGCUUAAUUGUUUGUAGAGCUACACAACUUUUCUGAAAGAAUAAAAUAUGGUAAAGAAGCGCGCUGUUUUCAUUGGAAAUUACUUGUAACGUCUGGCUUAAUCGAGAGAAAGAAUAUAUAAUAUGAGUGUCGUUAGUUGAUAUUAGUUUUAUAAUUUCCAUUUGAGAAAAAGAGCUAAUAAAAGCCUAUUAUAUAUGGUCGGCGAAGAAUGUGAAAAAAAUGGUGAUAAGAGAAAAAUAAGGCUAUCUAACCAUGACAUCUGGUGUGAGAGGACAUUAGUCCAUGCAGAUAUAUCAAAGAAUUACAUAAAAAAUGGGAAUAUGCAACAACAGUGCAAUAAAAGAUGAUUCUUGCUCAA